AUCGCUGGAGGACAGAGUGAGAAAAGGAACAAGCAGAGUUAGAAGCACGACAAAAGAAGUUAUAUAGCCGCUAUAUACAUAUAUAUUUGAAUGUUUUGGAAGGCGUGUAGUGGGGAAAAACAACAGCGGUGAGUGUGGAUGGACUUGACUGUGUAGUCAUGGAGCCACCAUUGAACAAGAGGAAUCAGGCACUGAGAUUAGCGGAUUUGGCAGCGACUCAACCCCAGCCUCAUCAGAAUAUGACAGGCUUCCCGGGGCUUGGGGGCCAUCACCUUCACUCCCACCAUGCCCACCUCCACCCUGCGGAGAUGGGUAGCGACCCUGGAGUGGCACUCACUCCAUUUGGACCAGAGCACAUGGCACAGGGUAAUGCUCUCAAACUUAGCCCCUCUCAGCACAUGCAAAACCACCCUGAAGCCCAGACAGCGACAUCUUUUGCUUCUCAGACCACAGUUGGCUUUCCCGUGGCUCACCCCCACUCAGGAUACGCUUCCAGCAGGGACUACAUCCUCAGGAGAGAGCUAUCAGCCUCUGCUAUGCAUGCACUUGGCGAUCAACAUAGUUCCUCCUCCCCUCACCAUCAUGGGAUGUUUAUUUCCACAACAGGUGCUUACGGGCACACCGAAGGUGGUGCCCACGCUCUUUUUACUGGACUCCACGAGCAAAGUGUCCCAGGUGCCCAUCACCACCCUCUUAACGGACAGAUGCGAUUGGGUCUUCCGGGGGACAUUUAUGGCAGACCAGAACAUUUCAGCCACAGGCCCGAGCACUAUGGAUCAUCUUCUCUCCACAGCUACAGCUCUAUGAACCUAAAUGUGAACAUCGCAGCAGCUCCCCACGGAGCCGCAGGGGCGUUUUUGAGGUACAUGAGGCAGCCCAUCAAGCAAGAGUUAAUCUGCAAAUGGAUUGACCAGGAGCAAACUUCAAAGAAGCCCUGCUCCAAAACUUUCAGCACCAUGCACGAGCUGGUUAACCACGUUACUGUGGAACACGUCGGGGGACCCGAACAGGGCAGUCACGUCUGUUUCUGGGAGGAAUGUCCACGAGAAGGCAAAGCCUUCAAGGCGAAAUACAAACUGGUAAAUCAUAUCCGAGUUCACACAGGAGAAAAACCUUUCCCCUGCCCUUUUCCUGGUUGUGGCAAAGUGUUUGCGCGCUCAGAAAACCUCAAGAUUCACAAGAGGACACACACAGGGGAGAAACCUUUCAAAUGUGAGUUUGAUGGCUGCGACAGGAAGUUUGCCAACAGCAGUGACAGGAAGAAGCACUCACACGUCCACACGAGUGACAAGCCUUACUAUUGUAAAGUAAGAGGCUGUGACAAGUCCUACACGCACCCCAGCUCCUUAAGAAAGCACAUGAAGGUUCACUGCAAAUCACCUCCACCUCCUUCGGUCAACAUGGGUUCCAUUUACCAAACUUCAUCUAACACCUUCGGAGCCCCCUCAAGAGAGGCUGGUGCCUCGGUGGGUCCUUCGUCAGAGGUCGUUAGAAAGGGGAGUCCAGUGGUUAAGUUGCUUGCUACCAUGCAAAGGUUCCCUCACCCCGUGGUAUUGUUAGAGGUGUGGGGGAGGUCGCUACGUCGGUGA